AUGCCGAAACCGACCGAAAAUGACAAGCUCAUUACCGACGAUUAUGUCGCUGGCCUACUAGCGAAAGAAGCACAGGACUGCUCCUUGAAGUUUUCGACAAUGGGGAUGGACGCUUACAAGUCAACAAGGAAACCGGCAAACUUGCCUAAGCCAAACACUCGCUUCCUCCGAAAUAUUAUCAAGGACACCAAUAGCCAUAAUGCCGCUCUGAUCGCGAAAGAGGCUGCCGAAUCCCAGGCCCGCCUUGAGCAGCUCGAGAACCAAGACGAGCAGCGCAGGCAGGAUCGCAGAGACAAGUCAGGCAAGUCAGGCGACAUACGAAGACGCCAGAUUGGAGACAUCAACGCCAUUCUUCUCGACAAGAAGUCUAAACGUAGCAAUGAUGGCCCGUUACCUGCGUCGAAGCGCGCAAGGGAGACUUCUUCACAGGUUUCGCAACGCGAGCUGUCUGACAGUGAGCGACGAGAGAAGGUUAAAGGCAGAGAUCGAGGUAGGAGAGACGAUGAUAGGCGGAGGGAUGGUAACACAGAUUACGAGAGACGAGAUGCGGAUCGGCGAAGUUCGCGGCGGCAAGAGACAGAGCGCAGUUCACAUCGGAGCAAGAGGAGGAGAGAAGAUUACAGCGAGGGAGAUGAAGGCGAAGGUUACGAUCCGAAACUAGAUGUCGACGCCGUGGAGAAUGAGGACGAAUGGCCAGACGCCGUCGAAGCCUUUAGGGACCGGCAGAAACUUCGACAGGCGCAAGAGGAGCGCAUGAGAGCGGCUGGUUUUACAGAGAAAGACAUGCUUCGUUGGAAAGAUGGAUCCAAGGAGAAGACCGAAGUCGACGUCAAAUGGACCAAGGCAGGAGAACAGCGAGAGUGGGAUAUUGGCAAGACCUUCUAG